AGAAAUAGUCCAACACACAGCUUUCAAAUGUAUCCGUAAAUUUAGUUUAUGUAAUAAAUAUGUUUUCGGCAUCUUUCAUAAAAAUUUAACUCGUGUUAUUUUAUAUAGUAUUGGAGAAUUCAAAUACUUCUACGGCGGAACCGUAGGUAGGUUGGUGUUCCUGCACGGAAGGUAAAUAGCGAUGCAUUGCGCUGCCGGCGUGGUUUUGAAAUCUUGAGUGAGAGUGAUCUUAAGUGAUUAUUUUUUGUUUUUAAUUUUAAAUACUUAAAAGCAGUUCUAGUGUGAGUGAAUGUGUGAAAGGAGAUAAAGUCUGGCCAGUUUUACAGUAAUCAAUGAGACAGUAGUGGUGAGGUGUGUUUGCAUAAGUGAGUGUGUAUGAGUGAGUGAGUGAGUGAGUAAGUAAGUGAGUGUGUGUGUGUGAGAGAGAGAGAGAGAGAGAGAGAGUUUGCUCAUCCACGAUGGUGUUUUUCACUUGUAACGCGUGUGGAGAGUCUCUGAAGAAAGCCCAGAUCCAAAAACACACCUCUAUGUGCAGGGGAUGCCAGGUUCUGUCCUGCAUUGACUGUGGAAAAGACUUCUGGGGAGAAGACUAUAAGAGCCAUGUGAAGUGCAUCAGCGAGGAUCAGAAAUAUGGAGGGAAGAACUAUGAGGCCAAAGCAAAUAAAGGAGAUGUGAAACAGCAACAGUGGAUUCAGAGAGUCCAGGCGGUGCUAGAUAAGCCAGGUGUGAGUGCGCGACUACGCUCGGUGCUGCAGCAGGUCUCCACCUAUGACAACGUCCCACGCAAGAAAGCCAAGUUUCAGAACUGGAUAAAGAACAGUCUGAAGAUUUAUGACUCCAAUCUGCAGGAUCAGGUUUGGGAGAUCUUCUCCUCUUCUGAAAAUCUAGCCAACGAAGCCAAACAGCCUGAACAGGCAUCGCCGCCAACAACAGCUGUGCAGGAAGAACAAGCGAAACCCGAGGAGAAGAAAAAGAACAAGAGAGAGAGAAAAGAGGAGCGACAGAAGAAGAGUAAAAAGAAGCGAACGGAGUACGAGCAGAAUGGAGAGAAUGGUGUAGAAGAGCCACAGAAGAAGAAAAAGAGGAAGCGGGCAGCAGAGGAGUGUGGCGAGGAUGGAGAGAGCGUGGAGAGAAAGACAUCAAAGAAAAUGAAGAAAAGGAAAGAGGAGGAGUGUGAAGAGAGCCAAAACCUGGAGGAAGUAGAGAACGAACAGGAAGCGCAAGAGGAGUCCAACACUAAAGGGAAGUUUAACUGGAAGGGAACAAUAAAGGCGGUUCUCCGUCAGGCACCAGAAGAAGGCAUUGCACUCAAGAAGCUCCGCAAAAAGGUUUUAUCAGCAUAUUACUCCUUCAGCGCAGAAGACAAUCAUAAAUCAGAGGAGGAGCUGUAUUCUCUGUUCAACAAGAAGAUGAAAAACCCCAAGUUUCAAAUCCUGAAAGAUAAAGUCAGACUUGUUAAAUAAUGUUCCUUUUCUUUGUACUUUUGUUUCGACCAGAAGAGACAUCUCAUCUAUCAUGAAUCCUGUUUUAUGUCCCAUCCGUGUGUAUUUUUCUUAAAAUAAAUGUUCUUCAUGAACAGA